GGUGCCGUAUAUUCGCAACUACUUUUACGCUGGCGGCAGGUACGUAUCAGACGGAUCUGGUGGCCAUGUGUUCCAAGAUCAGAUGUAUGUCGAAAGACUCACUCCUCCUGGGGGUCCGAGAAAGCAAACACCGCUCGUGUUUAUCCCAGGCGCCGGUCAGACAGGAACGGUACACCUCUCCCAUGCUUCCUGUUGAUGCAAAUGCUGACAUGUUAUGGCAGAAUUUCCUAAACAAGCCCGAUGGUGGCCGCGGCUGGGCAUCACUCUUUAUCAUGCAAGGCUUUGAGGUAUACAUUGUCGAUCAGACAUCGCGUGGCCGGUCAGCCUGGAGACCAGGCGAUGGAGCUCCUGGCCUUGCAACAUCCUCUGUCGAGGUUAUCCAACAACGAUUCACAGCACCUCAAGACUACAAGCUCUGGCCACAAGCAGUGAACCAUACUCAGUGGCCCGGUACUGGACGGAUGAGUGACCCAAUCUUUGACGCAUUUUACAGCUCCAACGUCCAGUACGUCAAUAACGACACUUAUCAGCAGACUACAAUGCAAGCCAGUGGCGCUGAUCUCCUCGAUCAUAUCGGAAGUCCCGCCGUCCUCAUCGGACACAGCCAGGCUGGUCCACAGGCAAUCUUGAUCGCUGAUGCUCGACCAAACUUGACUGAAGCCAUCAUCUUGCUUGAACCAGGUGGUCCACCCUUUCGAGGUGGAGUAUUCAGUAAUGCUAGCGCACGACCGUGGGGACUCGCCGAUGUACCGCUUCUAUACUCACCACCUGUGACAGACCCUAUGAUUGAUCUUACCACACAAAUAAUGCCAGCAACAAGUGACAACCUCGAAGGAUGUGUAUUACAAGCAACGUCGCCACCCCCUAAACGCCUUUUCAAUCUAGCUCCCAAGCCGAUUCUGGUCGUCACUGCUGAGGCCUCCUAUCAUUCGGUAUACGAUCAUUGCACGGUUUCGUAUCUUCGCCAGGCCGGAUGCACACGCACCGAUCAUUUGGAAUUGGGUAAUGCUGGCGUACAUGGGAAUGGACAUAUGUUGUUCAUGGAGAAGAAUAGUCGUGAUGUCUGGGUGUUAUUGCUAGAAUGGAUCGAAUGGCACCUGAAUUGAAUGUGUCGGUAAUCACGAGCUUCCCGAAGCAUUUGAGGAGCCAAGAGGAACGAA